GUGUAGCCUUUCAAGAACAAUUCCUUUCCGGAUUAGCCCGUUUUAUUCAGGUUAGUAGUAGCUCGGAUUUAUCUUUAGUGUACGGAUACGGCGCAGUGUGCCACUAUCAAAUAAUCAACCAGAUUUAGGUUACUUGGCUGCCCGCCACGGGCCCCACCCGAAGUUCAACCUUGCAAACAACCACAAACCAUGCCAGCACUGAGCGUCGCAACGGACCCGGCGUCCGCGCGACCGGGCGCAAACACGAACCGCAACCGCCGAAACACCAACUCGCGGCCCUCAUCACCGAUCCGCCCGCCCAUCAGCCCCAUCACGCCGACAAUCCCCCCGGCCCGCCUCCCCGCAUCAUCCCCAUCCAACCGGCCACCACCACCCCUACCCCUACCCCCAUCCAACCACCCCACAAACACGACCGCCCCCCCCUCGGGGCCCCCGGACCCGGACCCGUCCCAGGCCCAGGCCGUGGGCAUCCCCCCCCCGCGCGCGGCGGCCCUCCGCCUGGACGACAACCCGGACGCCCUGGCCCUGCGCAGCGCCAUCUCCAUCCUGCAGCUGCAGCGCGCCCGCGCCGCCCGCGACGUCGCCGCCCUGUCGCGCGCCCGCGACGCCGCCCUCGCCGACCCGGCCGCCUUCGUCGCCGACCUGUGCGCCGGCCGCGUCGCGUCCGCGGGGGACCCGCUUUUCCCUGCGCCUUCCCGCGGUGGUGGUGGUGCUGGGGGUGGUUGGGGGGGGCCAGGGGAGGAGGAGGAGGAGGAGGAUGAUGACGACGACGACGACGACGACGACGAUGGCGACGAGGAUGAUGACAUGGAGGGAGGCGGCCAAGACUCUGGGGCGGAGGCUCCGCACGACGGCGCCAGCGCGCAACAGCAGCAGCCAAGGGGCCAGGGCGGCAACCCCCCCAGUUUAGGCAGGGAGGCGUGGCGCACUCUUCCGCGGCCGCAGAACGUGGUGCGCUGCCCGCCGGUCAACUGGGCGCAGUACGCCGUGGUGGGCGAGUCGCUGGACAAGCUGCACGCCGAGCAGCAGCGGGCGCCGACGGGCGGGUCGCCGGCCGUGCUGGGGCCGGGAGGCGCCUACGAGUUCAAGGCCGGGCAGCAACAGCAACAACAACAGGUGGCGACAGAUGCCGAAGGCGAUCGGAGGGGGCUGGUGGGCAUCGCGGCGCCGUAUACGCCUGGCCGGGACAAGCUGGAGAAGAAGGCAAAAGGGGGGAGGAAAUGACGACGUGUCGCUGGCGUCGGAGGAACCUACAACACAAUGAUUAGAGGGAGCCCCUUGUGCUUGGGGUUAUUAUUUUCGGCAAAAC